AUGCGAUUUCUGUUGCAAAUUGAAGACCUGUGGCUUGUAACAUUUUUACACAUAAAUAUAAUAUCGAUAAAUUAUGACAAAAUUAUUAUUUUAUACAAAUAUUUAACACAAAAUAAAUUACUUUUAUGUAUUUUCUUGCAAAAAGUAAACAAAAUUAUGCAAUUCAUUAAAUUUUCAUGCGAAGGAUAAAAUAGCGGUGCUAUUAUAAAAUAAUACUGUUAAUACUUCUCAUUAAAGCUUUUUUUUCAUUAAUAGAACGUAUAUAAUAAUCAAACAAAAGCUUGGAAAAUGGAAUAA